AUGUCUGCGAAAAGGCGGCCACCUGUUUUGCUUAAGCCUAAUCGCGCAAGUAAAAUUAUUGCUUUAGUGCCGAAUGAACAUGCACCUUCCGAUGCUAGCGAAAUAUCAGAUUCGGAAACUGAAUUGCAUGAUGCACGUACUAUUUCUUCCACCCCCCUGUCUUCUCCUGCACCAUCUACUGCAUCUUCCCUUGCUAACAUAACAAUAGAUACAUCCGACGAUGAAGAAUUACACUCCGAAGAUGCUGAUAUUAUACCAGAUUCUAUCGUGCGUGAAAUUGGCGAGUCCAUUUAUGAAAAUGUUCCAUCCCUAUCUGCUAUUCCUUCAUUGCCUGCAACGCCUAUAAUACCAAUAGCUUCUUCAUUAGCACCCCGAAAAAAAAGAUUUAGGAAACCAACUACAGUCAAAGCCAAAAGACCAAAAAAAAACAAAAAAUUUCAGCUGACUUACAAUUGGAGAGUAGCUCAAUUCCGUCACCAAGCGACAAUAGAAGAGGGUGAGGAGGAUGAUUACAUAGACCUGCCAGAAGAUGAUUCACCUUUGAGUUUCUUUCACCUUUUUUUUUCUCAAGAUAUGUUUACUAGUAUCGUAGAGCAGACAAACUUAUAUUCAGUUCAACAAACCGGCAAGUCAAUUCAACUAACAGACGAAGAAUUUAGAGACUUUUUAGCCAUCCAUAUACUUAUGGGUAUUGUUGUAAUGCCUUCAUAUCUUGAUUAUUGGUCAGAAAAAUUUAGAUAUGGUAAUGUCGCAGAUAUAAUGUCUUUGAAAAGAUAUCAGCUGAUACGAAGACAUUUACAUUUUGUUGACAAUACAAUGGACGAUGGAGAUAAAUAUUUUAAAGUUCGUCCAGUCAUAGAGCAUUUACGACAAAAUUGUCUGAAACAACAGAAAAAGGAGACAAAAUUUAGUAUAGUUGAAAUGAUGAUAGCAUAUAAAGGGACUAAGGCCGGUAAAAGACAACAAUACAUGAAAGAUAAACCUAACAAAUGGGGAUUUAAAAAUUAUGUAAGGGCCGGAGUUUCCGGAAUAAUUUAUGAUUUUGUGCUGUAUGGAGGUGACGAUACUUUUCGCAACCAUAAGUUCACUGAAGAAGAAUUGUCUCUAGGUUUUGGUGCUCAGGUGGUUAUAGCAUUAUGUCAAAGUAUUUGUCAAAAACCAUCUUUCGUGUUUUGCGAUAACUUUUUUUCUUCACCUGAGUUGCUAUUUAUUCUCCGAGAAAACUAUGGUGUUUUUGCCUUAGGCACUAUUCGUGGCAAUCGCCUUCGAGGAGCAGAAAAAGUUUUACCUACUGAAAAAGCCAUGAAAAAGAAACCUCGAGGACAUUUUGUAGAAUCUAUAUGUGAUAAAAACCGCUUAGCUGUUGUUCGUUGGAAUGAUAAUAAGGCUGUCACAUUUAUUAGUUCCUUUGUAGCAAGUGAGCCUAUAGAAAAAAUACGCCGAUAUUCCAAAGACGCAAAAGCCAAAAUCGAUGUCCAAUGUCCACAGAUUGUGCGUCAAUACAAUAGACAUAUGGGAGGUGUUGAUCUUUCUGAUAUGCUAAUAUUAAUGUACAAAACACCUUUCAAAAGCAGGAGAUGGUAUUUAGCGAUAUUUGCACAGAUAAUUGAUAUUUGUAUAAAUAAUGCUUGGCUAUUGUACCGCCAAAAGCAUUCCGGCAACGUGAAAUCUAAAAAUCCUUUGAAAGCAUUUAGAUAUGACAUUUAUGACUUAUUGUGCAAGACACUCUGUUUAGCAGAGUUUUCAAUGGAAAUGGCAAAAGAAAUCCUUGUAAAGGCGGCUUUAGCAUUGGCUAUUAAAUCAGUUCUUACCGGUCCAGGACUUAUGAGUCCUGGUGUGCACCUCAGUUGA